AUGCAUUUCUCUACUCUUGCUAGCGCUGGCCUCAUGGCAACAACGGCCAUGGCCUUCCCUCACACCUUGAACCGCUUCAGCUCCGCCAAACGUCAAGCCAGCGGUGCCCAGAACGUUGUCUACUGGGGACAAAACGGUGGCAGUGCAGUUGAGAACAACGAUCUGUCUACUUACUGUACCUCUGAUGCCGGAAUCGACAUCAUCGUCCUCGCUUUCUUGUACCAAUGGGGCAAUGGCGCUACCAUCCCCUCUGGCACCAUUGGUCAAUCUUGCUUCAUCGGCACUGAUGGCACUGGCCAGAACUGCGAUGACUUGGCUUCCGCCAUCUCCGCUUGCCAAUCCAACGGCAUCAAGAUCAUUCUCUCUCUCGGUGGUGCUUCUGGCGCUUACUCUCUCAGCUCUCAAGACGAGGCUACCACCAUCGGUCAGAACUUGUGGGCGGCUUACGGCAGCCCCAACGCAACCAGCUCUUCUUCCUCUACCAGCGUCCCUCGUCCCUUCGGCAAGACUUUUGUCAAUGGUUUCGACUUUGACUUGGAGGCCAAUGCCGGAAACGGGAACUACCAAUACAUGAUUUCCGCACUCCGCAACAACUUUGCCAAAGACCCGGUGAACAAGUACUACAUCACUGGUGCUCCUCAAUGCCCUAUCCCGGAACCCAACAUGCAAGAAGUCAUCACCAACUCUCAGUUCGACUACCUCUGGGUCCAAUUCUACAACAACGAGGGUUGCUCCACCGACACCGGCACCAACUUUGAGGAUUGGGUCAGCAACAUAGCCAACACCCCAUCAUCCGGAGCCAAGAUCUUCCUGGGUGUCCCUGCCUCUGAGGACGGCGCCACUGGUACUGCCUCUGGCGCUAAAUAUUACCUUGACCCCAACGACCUUGCUACCCUCGUUAACAAGUACAGCAACAACUCCGCUUUCGGUGGUAUCAUGAUGUGGGACGCUGGUUUCUCUGACGGCAAUACCAACAACGGUUGCACUUAUGCCCAGGAAGCUCACAGCAUCCUCACUACUGAGGAAGAGUGA